UCCAGCUCUCUACGCGCACAUGUCCACCCCCGACUCCUCCCUCUCCACCGCAGACUCGAGCAUGGACCCCGACAACAAGACCCUACCCACCGCCGCCGGUGAGGAGUGCGGCGACGCCAGGAUGUGGGAGGCCUUCGAACGGAACUUUCGGCAGGUGCAGAGCGUGCUGGACCAGAACCGAGCGCUGAUCCAGCAGGUGAACGAGAACCACCAGUCGAGGGUCGCGGACAACAUGGUGAAGAACGUGGCGCUCAUCCAAGAGAUCAACGGAAACAUCUCCAAGGUCGUCUCGCUCUACUCCGACCUCUCCUCCAACUUCUCGUCCCUGUUCCACCAACGCUCCUCCGCCAAAACCGCCAAGACCCAGAGUCCCGAUCCCUGAAAAUCUUCUAGUAAUUCCGAUCUCUUUGUUCAUAUUGUAUGCCCCGUAUGGUUGGGUUGGAAAUUGAGGCGAAAUGGGUCCAUCUUAAAAAGUGUCUGUUCCAUGUUUUUGUGGGUGAGAGUCUGUUUGGAAUAAGCGAUUCUGUUUUUUCUAUGGGUGUGUGUGGUACUCUGGUGUUGAGGUGCUCUAAAGCAGCCCAGCCAAUUCAAUGUGUGUUCAAAUGAAUCUGUAAUGCUUAUUCAGUGUUGUGUUCUGUUUUACAAGGAGGAUUACAGUGGAACCAUCAACUUUCCUGUUCAA